AUGUCGCUCAAAAGAAUCCAAAAGGAACUCAAAGACCUUCAAAUUGACCCACCACAAAACUGCUCCGCUGGACCUAUAAAUCCUGAAGUGAGUAUGUAUGAAUGGCAAGCAACGAUAAUGGGACCGGCCGAUAGCCCAUAUCAAGGAGGAGUCUUCUUCUUGAAAGUCACUUUCCCAACAGACUAUCCAUUCAAGCCUCCAAAGGUACAAUUUGUAACUAAGAUCUACCAUCCAAACAUCAAUUCAAACGGCUCUAUUUGUCUAGACAUUUUAACGAAAGAGUGGUCCCCUGCUUUAACGAUUUCAAAGGUUUUGCUUUCUAUUUCAUCCCUUUUGACUGACGCCAAUCCAGAUGAUCCUCUCGUGCAAGACAUUGCUCAACAAUAUAAAACCAACAGAAAACAAUUUGAAUUGACCGCUGCUGAGUGGACAAGAAAGUAUGCAAUGUAA